AUGCUGCUGAAAGAGGAGAGUGAAGGACUAGAUGAAAUGGAAGAGAAAAAUCGGUACAAGAAACAUCAUGAUUUCAUAAAUGGAGACAAAUCAUUUAGUUCCUCACCGACUGAAAGGACACAAAAAACAGCAACUAGUGCUUUCACCUGCCAGGAGUGUGGAAAGAGUUUCACAAGAAAAAGUAACCUUAAAGUCCGCAUGAGUGUUCACAUUGGACAGAAGCCGUUUAUUUGCCAGGAAUGUGGAAAUAGUUACUCUUCAAACAGUAACCUGAAAGUCCACAUGAGAGUUCACCUUGGAGAUAAACUUUUCACCUGCCCUCAGUGUGGAAAGAGAUUUGAGCAAUGA